AUGCUUUGCAGGCAAGUUAUCCGACGCUUCCCAGCGUCGCCUGCAACAUGGGCAAAGCAGUCUCAUCGUGCAGUCUUUGCACUAAAACGUGACAUGGCUACUCCGGCCAAGCCUCCGUCACCUAACGAUCCUUUUGCAAAUGGCACGAACGCAUAUUAUGCUGAGGAGAUGUACCGGAUCUGGAGGCAGGAUCCCAAGGCGGUACAUGCUUCUUGGGACGUUUACUUCCGAGGCAUGGACAAGGGCCUGUCGAGCCCGCAGGCAUUCCAACCGCCCCCAACUGCAACCCAGCAUUUACCACCCCCUGCUGAUGGAGCGCCUGCACUGUAUUCUACAUCCGGGGAAUUGGACGACCAUUUGAAAGUCCAACUGCUUGUGCGAGCAUAUCAAGUUCGAGGUCACCAUGUUGCGGACUUGGAUCCUCUGGGCAUUCUUCACGCCGAUCUUGUCGACUACCAUCCCCCCGAACUUGAACUGAGUCGCUAUGGCUUCUCAGAGCGCGACCUUGAAAAGCAAAUCACGUUAGGCCCCGGUAUCCUUCCACACUUUGCAACAGAAGACCGCAAGUCUAUGACCUUGGGCGAGAUCAUUAAGCUCUGCCAGCGUAUAUAUUGUGGGGCCGUCGGUAUACAAUAUGUCCAUAUUCCCGACAAGGAACAGUGCGACUGGAUCAGGGAGCGUGUCGAAAUCCCCAAACCAUGGAACUACACCGUCGAGGAGAAGCGUAUGAUUUUGGAUCGCCUCAUCUGGUCAGAAUCAUUUGAGAAGUUCAUGGCCAGCAAGUACCCUAACGAGAAGCGCUUCGGUUUGGAGGGUUGCGAAGCUCUCAUCCCUGGGAUGAAAGCUCUCAUUGACCGUUCUGUCGAUCACGGUGUGAAGCACGUCACUAUUGGUAUGCCGCAUCGUGGCCGUCUGAACGUCCUUGCCAAUGUCAUCCGCAAACCCAUUGAGGCCAUUCUCAACGAAUUCUCGGGAGACGAGGGCGAUUCGCCUGCCGGUGACGUCAAGUACCAUUUAGGCGCCAACUAUGUCCGCCCCACUCCUUCAGGAAAGAAGGUCUCGCUUUCCCUCGUCGCCAACCCGUCACAUCUGGAAGCCGAAGACCCCGUCGUACUUGGAAAGACUCGUGCUAUCCAGCAUUUUGAGCAGGACGAAACUUCCCACAACACGGCCAUGGGUGUUCUGCUACACGGUGAUGCCGCUUUCGCGGGCCAGGGAAUCGUUUAUGAGACCAUGGGCAUGCACAGUUUGCCAAGCUAUGGUACUGGAGGCACCAUCCACUUGAUAGUGAACAACCAGAUCGGCUUCACCACCGAUCCCCGUUUCUCGCGUUCUACUCCUUACCCCUCUGAUAUCGCCAAAGCUAUCGACUCGCCGAUCUUCCAUGUCAAUGGAGACAAUGUUGAGGCCGUCAAUUUCGUUUGCCAGCUUGCCGCCGACUACCGUGCUAAAUUCAAGAAGGAUGUCGUCAUUGACAUUGUCUGCUACCGUCGUUAUGGCCACAAUGAGACUGAUCAGCCAAUGUUCACUCAGCCUCGCAUGUACAAGGCCAUUGAGAAGCAGCCUACUCCUCUCACACAGUACACUAAAUUCCUGGUUGGCCGAAACACGUUCACCGAGAAGGAUAUUGAAGAGCAUAAGAAGUGGGUAUGGGGUAUGUUGGAGAAGGCCGCGGCCGCAUCCAAGGACUACGUACCCACGAGCAAGGAGUGGUUGUCUGCUUCAUGGCAAGGAUUCCCCUCGCCGAGACAACUAGCCGAGCAAACACUUCCCACCCGUCCUACCGGUACUAGCGAAGAGAUCCUCAAGCGCAUCGGAAAGGCCAUCUCCACCUCUCCCCCCGACUUCUCUCCCCAUCGUAACCUUCAACGUAUUCUUACGACCCGUGGCAAGACGGUCGAGGAAGGAACCAACAUUGACUGGUCAACCGCCGAGGCACUUGCUUUUGGUUCUCUCGCCCUAGAGAAAAUUCACGUCCGCGUCUCCGGCCAGGACGUCGAGCGUGGUACUUUCUCGCAAAGACACGCUGUCAUUCACGACCAGCACAACGAAUCGCAGUACAUUCCUUUGAACGACCUCGGCUCUAACCAAGCUCGCUUCGUCGUUUGUAACUCCUCUCUCUCAGAGUAUGGAACACUCGGCUUCGAACUUGGUUACUCCUUGGUUUCCCCCGACUGUCUUACUAUGUGGGAAGCUCAGUUCGGUGAUUUUGCCAACAACGCGCAGUGCAUCAUAGAUCAAUUCAUUGCUGCUGGGGAGCGCAAAUGGCUUCAGCGAACUGGUCUGGUGGUGAGCUUGCCGCAUGGAUAUGAUGGCCAGGGCCCCGAGCAUUCUAGUGGCAGAAUUGAACGGUUCCUGCAACUAUGUGAUGACCAUCCUCAUGUUUUCCCCACUCCGGAGAAGAUCGAACGUCAACAUCAGGAUUGUAACAUGCAAGUGGUGUACCCCAGUACCCCUGCCAACUACUUCCAUGUCCUGCGUCGUCAAAUCCACCGCGACUUCCGCAAGCCACUUAUCAUCUUCUUCUCGAAGAACUUGCUCCGUCAUCCCAAGGCUCGUUCAGAUCUUUCUGAGAUGACCGGCGAGACUAGCUUCCAGCGAUACAUUCCUGACCCCCAUCCCGAAGAACUCGUAGCUCCUGAGGAGAUCAAGAGACACAUUCUUUGCACUGGUCAAGUCUACCAAGCUCUUCUAGCCGAACGUGAAGCCAAGGGCUACAACAAUGUUGCCAUUAGCAGACUUGAACAGUUGUCGCCCUUCCCUUACGAUCUUGUUACUGCACACCUAGACAAGUACCCCCACGCUGAUUUAAUGUGGUGCCAAGAAGAGCCCUUGAACAAUGGUGCUUGGAGCUACGUUGGUCCUCGUAUCUACACCGCCGGCAGCCAGACAGCGCACCAUAAGGGCAAGUACCCGUACUAUGCUGGUCGUGAACCAACCAGCUCUGUCGCAACCGGUAGCAAGUCACAACACAAGAGAGAGAUCGAGGAGUUCCUUGCCACUGCUUUCGAUCUUGAAAAUGAUAUGAACAGUAAGAGAGGCCUUGAGGCCUUGAGGAAUGGACGUGGAAUGAUUGGAUCCCGAAGUGCAAUGUGGAUUUGGCAAUUACUACCCACGGCUCGGCAUCCAGCGACUGCCGCCGAGACUCUGACCGUGAAUUUCCGCUCUGGUCACUCUUCCAACAAAUCUUUCCAACGGCCUCCAAUGCUUUCACGAACGGUGCUCAGUCGCGCUGCUAGAAGCGCUGUGCGCAGUCCACGCUCUUUACGGGCAUUUGCUACGGCGCACAAUACUUCUGGUCCUUUUACGGAGGUGACCACGCUUUCCAAUGGCCUGACUGUUGCAACGGAGGCGCAUCCGCAGGCGCAGACCGCCACCGUUGGUGUCUGGAUAGAUGCCGGCUCACGAGCAGAGACCGACGCAACUAACGGCACCGCGCAUUUCCUGGAACACAUGGCCUUCAAGGGCACAGGCAAACGGACGCAACACGGUCUGGAGUUGGAGGUCGAGAAUAUUGGUGCCCAUCUCAAUGCUUACACGUCCCGCGAGCAGACCGUGUACUACGCCAAGAGCUUCCGCAAGGAUGUUCCCGUCGCCGUCGAUAUCAUCAGUGACAUCCUUCAAAACUCCAAGCUGGAGAACUCGGCUAUCGAGAGGGAGAGAGAUGUUAUUCUUCGGGAGCAACAGGAGGUUGACAAGCAACUGGAAGAAGUCGUUUUCGACCAUUUGCAUUCGGUUGCUUUCCAGGGUCAACCACUGGGGCGUACCAUCCUCGGUCCUAAGCAGAAUAUUUUGUCUAUCAAGCGCGACGACCUUUCAUCUUACAUAAAAACCAACUAUACCGCCGACCGCAUGGUCCUUGUUGGUGCCGGUGGUGUCGACCACGCUGAACUCGUCAAGCUUGCCGAAAAGCACUUCUCUUCCCUCCCCGUCUCCCCCAACCCCAUUCCCCUCGGCCGUCUCGCUCACCCUAAGACAUCAUUCGUCGGCUCUGAGGUUCGCAUCCGUGACGACGAAUCACCGACUGCCAACUUCGCCAUUGCGGUUGAGGGUGUUGGCUGGAGCUCGCCGGACUACUUCCCCAUGAUGGUCAUGCAAAGUAUUUUUGGUAACUGGGAUCGCAGCCUUGGUGCCUCGCCAUUGCUCUCAUCACGGCUUUCACACAUUGUAUCUUCGCACAACCUCGCCAACUCCUUCAUGUCCUUCUCGACGUCCUACUCAGAUACCGGUCUCUGGGGUAUCUACUGUGUUUCCGAGAAUGUAGUUAACUUGGACGAUCUUGCCCACUUCAUCCUCAAGGAGUGGACUCGCAUGGCAGUCGGUGCUACGGAGGCCGAAGUUGAGCGGGCAAAGAGCCAGCUCAAGGCUGGUCUCCUCCUUGGUCUCGACGGAACAACAGCUAUUGCUGAAGAUAUUGGUCGCCAACUCGUCACUACUGGACGCCGAAUGUCGCCCAAGCAGAUUGAGAUGGCUGUUGACGCUGUCACCGUCGACGAGAUCAAGCGUGUCGCCCAGAAAUACAUCUGGGAUAAGGAUAUUGCAAUUGCCGCGAUGGGAAGUGUUGAGGGUCUCCUGGAUUAUAACCGUAUUCGUGCAGAUACAUCCUCGCUUCUUUACUAG